GUACACUGUGUCAUCUGUGUACUUUGCUGGAAAACGCCCACAGUGUACUACACAUUAUCACAUGAUUGGCUGUCAAAUGAAGAAAUUUAAAAUUCUGUAUUUUAUAGCCAAUCGCGUGAUAAUGUGUAGUACACUGUGUCAUCUGUGUACCUUGCUGGAAAAGGUCCUCUAUUAUAAAGCUCACUGGGUAUAUAUAUACACACGUGGUGUCACAGUUUAAACUGUUUGAUUAAUAAUCAGGACAAAAAGUACAAAAAAAUUUUUUAUCACAAUCAUAUUUGAUUGUGAUAACAUUUCAUCGUGUAAGAUAUAACAAAAAUGUUUGUGCUUGCGGAAUUAAAAGACACUGUCAGAGUAUUACCGAGCAACUUUAAAUACAAACUAAAUGAUAUUGUUGCUGACGAAUUAAACAGAAAACUCGCUAAUAAAGUUUACAAGGAUGUAGGUCUUUGCAUCGUGUUACAUGAUAUUACGAAGAUCGAAGAAUCGUAUAUUUUUCCAGGAGACGGAGCUUCCCAUACAAAAGUGACGUUUCGAUUUAUCGUGUUUCGUCCAUGGAUAGAAGAAAUAUUGAUAGGAAAAGUUCGUAGUUCUAGCUCCGAGGGUGUACAUGUUACAUUAGGAUUCUUUGAAGAUAUAAUUAUACCACCACAUAAGUUACAACAUCCAUCACAUUUUAAUCAAACACAACAAAUGUGGUUUUGGGUAUAUAAGACUGAAGAUGGAACGGAACAUAAUUUAUAUAUGGAAACAGGAGAUGCUAUACGAUUCAGGGUAGUGGAAGAGGUUUUUGCAGAGGCACCUUUACCAUCUACAGGUAAUGCUCGUGAUGUAGGCGAAGUGCCAGAAACCAAUAACGUUGCACCAUAUGUUUUACAUGGAUCAAUUGACGAACCUGGUUUGGGUUUACUUAUUUGGUGGAAAGAUGUAUAAUUUAUUUUAUACAUUAGUGAGAAUCCUAAAUAAAAUAAAAAGGUAUAAUUAUAUUAAGUACAAUAAACUCUGGUCAAUAAAUUUUUAUUUUAUAGCACAUUCCAUCGUAUUAUUCUGUAUCGUCAAUUAAUGUUGCAUCUCUGUGAAUGGUAUUUCAUAAUAUGACUUAGUUUUUCAAUAUAAUUUCACCUGUGUAUAUAUAUCUAUACUCAGUUUUGAUUGAUAACAGAAUUAUCAAGUAUAAUUUGUACAAUAUGUACAAAGGCAUUAUAUGUGCUAAACAUGUUACAACACGUAGAAAUCAUAUUUGCACACAAUUAUCAGAUUGCUUUGAGAGAUUAUCUACUUCAUUUACUAUAUCAGAACUCAAUUUAAUAGAAUAAAUCUUAGAAUUGAAUGCUAGAACUAUUAUACUCUAUAUCACUGAGAAAUACACAAUAUUUUGACAAAACUGAUCUUAAAGAUGGAUUUUAUGUUAAUGGAAAGUACUAUGCAGUGUGAUAUAUAUUGUGCAAUAAAUAUUUUCUAAAUUUAAGAUUUUUUAUUAGCAAAAUAGCUUACCUAAUUACAUUGUAAUAUAUACUUAAUUGAUAACAACACAGGAUACAACUAAUGAAAACUCUUAAAUUUAGAAAAUACUGAUUGCACAAUAUAUACUGCACUGCAUAUUUUGAAGAGUUGCAUUUUAGACAAAUUAAAAUGUAUUCUUUGGUAUGUUAUUGCUGUUGUUCUAAUAUACAACUCAAACAUGCAGCACUUGAUUAAAUUAAUAAAUAUAGCUUAUAGCUUAAUCAUAAAUUAUGAUACAUUAAUAGAGCCUACUUAUUUAAUGCAAUGUUAAUAAAGGGCAUAUAAUUACU